AUGCCAGCCCUUCGCUGGUGCGGCAGGAAGUGGCGCACAUCGACAGAUGAUUUUACCUUUUCCGGCGUUUUCUUUUUUGCUGUUCUCGUUGUAAGUGGGACUCUUGCCUUGAGUCGUUUCCACCACGGCGACGGUGCGUUUAUGCGGGAUUGCCCGGCGGCUUCUGCCGCGCUUCACAGGAUUUUUUUGGCGCUUGGGGUUGUGGAUCUGAUCGGCGCCGUGGCGUUUCUUGUGACCGCGUGGCUGAGUCUCCAGGGGAGUCCGUUUCAGGUGUCCAGGCGCCGCCACGUUCCCCACCUCCUCAGUGUGACGUCGCUUUCCCUGCUGGCGACGCUGGCGCUCUCGAUCGUAGGGGCAAAGUACUCAAUAUAUGACAAGGAGAGCAACUACUGUGCGAGCCCCACACGACAUUUCCUGCACGCCGUCGUCGCAAUCAAUUUCAUUGCUUCCUUUUGCUACAUUGUCAUGUUCGCAGUGGCUUUUGACCCUGUGGGGCGCCAUGUGUGGAGGGACUCCGGCGAGUACGAGUCUCUGUGGGACAGCCGUUGCCGUCUCCUCUGCUGCUGUUGCCUGCAUACGCGUCGCCACCAAGACGCCUUCCAGGAUGUCUCCAAAAAUGUGGCUGGUUUGUUUUGCGGCUAUGAUGUAGUGCCGAGUGACGUGGUUGCGGGCAUGCUCCUUCUGCACGCCAGACAAAAACGUGAGUUUCGCCUCCGACAAAUAAAAGUGCGUUACCCAUCCGCUACCGAUGGGAGAAGCGAACGCGUCUCUUUACAGGCACGAUAUUUUCCUCUGUUGACCGAACAGCAACGGAGCCAGCUCGCCGAUCUUCGAACCUACAGUCGUUUUUACCUCUCCGCGUACGGCUGGCCUCUGUUUGAGUACAUGCACUGCUGUACGGGAUUGCCUAGACUCUGCUGCUUUGAUCCGGGGAUGUGUUGCCGCGAGCAUCCGGGUUCCCAUCGCGGAACAAAGUGCUACUGUGACUUGACUGCACUCCUUAAGGUUACCGGCAUCAAGGACGAGGAUGUUAUUCUCACAAGGUGGGGAAAUGCUCUAUUUCGUCCGGUGUUUUUUGUUGUCAUUGACCAAUCCACCGAUGCUGUCGUUGUGGGGAUUCGAGGAACCAUGUCCUUCGCUGAUUGCGUCACCGACAUGUCGGCAACCCCCGGUUUGCUUGAGAUGCCAGAAACAGAACUGCACGCCAACGCAACCCCUGCAGACUACCACGUUCAUGGAGGAAUGCGGCAAGGCGCCGCCUACGUGCUGAAGGAGUUACGUGACUGUGGCGUUCUUGACAGCAUUCUCCACGGAGAGCUUAGCCGACACAAAAUCGUUGUCCUUGGUCACUCCCUUGGGGCCGGAGUUGCCUCUAUUCUGAGUAUAAUGCUGUGGUCGACGGAACCGACUCUGCGGACUCGCUUGCAGUGCCUGGCGUAUGCGCCACCCGGGGGCUUAUUGUCGCCUGCGUUGGUUGCGUACAGUAAAGAAUUUAUUGUGGGUUGCUUUGUUGGGAAUGACAUUGUCCCACGCAUGGCCAGUCAUACACUUCAUGCUCUGCGGGAAUCCAUCUUGGAUGAACUUAUGAGCACGACAAAAUCCAAGUCGCUUCUUCUUAUGAAUCAUCGACGUCUAGAAAAGAUUACGCGGACGUCAUCGUCAUCAUCCGCGCUUCAUUUUUCGGAGAGUUUAACCCUCCGCAACAACCUUCGCAAUACUCCAUGUACGCCGCUGACAGAACCGCAGAAGCUGUACCCGCCUGCCACACUUGUACACUACUGUAAGGCGGUGGUACGCAAGGCCCCAUUCUGCUCCUGCUCCCCCAAGCAUUGUUGCUCUUGUCAGAAGGAGGAGGUGUUUGUGCCACUAUUUGUAUCUCCACGAGAUGUACAAUACGUGGUUUGCACCGCCUCAAUGCUCAAGGAUCACUUUCCGGAUCGUCUCUUUUCCGUCAUUGAGGAUGCCGAUAUGCGACUUAGAGUGGGGGAGCUGGAGCGGUUUUUUGUGACCAGCGAUGAUGUGAGAGACGCCCGCAGCGACUACGGGACCAGCGCCUUCGAUGACAUGUUGAGUUUGGUGUGA